AUGGCGAGGCUGACGGAUUUUGAGAUCCACAUCUCACGCACCCGGCCCUUCCUCAACACCUGUGACAUGACUGCCGGCGAGGAUGGCUCAGCAACUUACGAUUGCCAGAGCGGGCCACUGCAGGGGCGCUUUGUCAGCAUCCAGAUUGUCAACGCCGCCGCCGAUUCAAUCCUCACCCUCUGCGAGGUUCAAGUGUUCGGUGCCACGAAGCCCCCUACUGGCCAACGGCCGGGCCCCUUCGACUUCCAGACUGGCAUCGACUAUCCAACAAGCACCAUCAUGAGCACCACGGCCCCUACGCUGGAGGACUGCCACGCCGAGUGCUCCAGUGCGCCACGCUGCCUGGGCUGGGUUGCCUACGUGAUGCCGGGGAGCGAGGAGCAGUAUAGCUGCCUGUUAAAGGACACAGUGCACAGCCCCUCUCUCCCCUUCAACCGCUCCAGCAACACAGUGUUCUCCUACCCGCCCAUCUCCUCAACAGGUCCAUUGUGCCUGGGCACCUAUGGUGCCGACCACUCGGCCCUUUCUGACGGGUACGACUGUGCCCCAGCUGCCAGCCCAGGGGAGUGCUGCACGCGGUGCCAGGGCCAGCUGCCGCGCUGCCAGGUCUGGAACUACCAGGAGGAGAACCGCGUGGGCGUGGGCAGGAACGGCACCUGCUGCCUCAAGGACGCAUUCCUGGUGUACCCUGUCGUGCUCAGCGAGGAGCAGAUGGGCGAGUACCAGAUCUGGGGAGGCGAGUCCACUUGCCCGCCUCCAAGCCCGCCCCCACCAUCGCCUGCUCCCCCGCCGCCGCCGCCGCUGGCAACCGUGGCGGCGCUCAUUCCUGCGGGCGAUGUGUGCCUCAAGUACGCCAAGCCCACCGCAAGCUCGCCGCUGGCGGCGUUUGACCACUUCUCAUCGUGCCACGACGACGAGGCCUGCAGAGGCUGGAAAUUCUGCCCGACUGCCAUGAAACGCGUCACUUGCGUGGACCUGGCUGUGACGCUGGACGGCAGCGGGGUGGACCCCUGCCAGAGCCCGCCGCCGCCGCCGCUGGUGCCGCUGCCCUUCUUUCAAACGGUGCCAACGACUGGCGAUGUGUGCGUGUUCUACCAGGAUGUGUCCCCCGCCCGCCCGCUGCCCUACCGCUUCACUGCCUACAACGCCAAUUCCAACCAUACCAACGGCACCGCCUGCGCCUGCAAGCUGGCGUGCCGCGCGGAAUUCACCUGCGACUUUUGGCUGCUGUGCCUGUCUGCUGACAACCGCAAGGACUGCUCCCAGGCCACCCCCGUGCGGGACAGCCUGGCGCAGAGCAACUGCACCGGUACCGAGACAGGCAAGGAUGUGGAGGUGCCGGUCAUCGACUUCACCACCACGCUGCAGGGCCUCACGACGACCCUGUUCUCCACGGUCGUGCGGGCGGCGUACGAAACCGUCAUCAACAACGCCAUUGCUGCCCCCAGCAGCACCGACGUGAUCAGCGUAACUCCAACGGGCUACGUUUUGACGGCUGGCCUGCGCCGGCUCAACCAACUCCCAGGCAUCGAUGUGGGCAGGAGGGUGACGAUCCUGGGAGAGACGGGGGACCCUCCCCAACAGCUGCGCGUGUUCAAGACCUCCACGCUGCCCAUCUUGAACUCGCUGCUGCGCUCAGUGCUGUGA